AGUCACUGUAAAGUCAGUCCAGACCGACGCGCUCAUCAAGACCGAGCAUGUCUCCCGCUGGCACAAUUUCCUCUUUCUCCUGUUUUUCACUGCGACUAUGACUUCUGCCACAAAUCCGAAAAUGUCAUCGAUAUUCUUAAUUACAGGCUAUUAGCUAUUAUACUUUUUAUUAUCAAAGCGGAGACGAAUCGGCUCCGACAUGAGUGCGUCUGCGGGGACCGGAGUUUUUGUAUUGUCUCUUACGUCAAUCCCAAUUUGUUAUUUAUCUAAUGCACUCAUUUGCAACGACAGUGCCGAGGCCCAGUUCUACGCUGGAUGUGCCACUUUUGUAACUUUGUGCAUCUCAGGACAGUUUAUCCUCAACAAGAAGGCUCCAUCAGAUCCUCUGUUUUAUGUGUAUGCUGUCUUUGCUUUUCUGAGUGUCGUCAAUCUUAUAAUUGGCCUGGAGCAAGACAACAUCAUUGAUGGAUUUGUGACAUUUUAUCUCAAAGAGGCAAAUCCACACAUUAACACAGCCCAUGGUCACAUGAUUUCCUACUGGGAUGGUUGUGUGCACUAUCUCAUGUAUCUACUAGUGAUCGCUGCUAUAACAUGGGGGGACAGUUACCGAGCCAUUGGCCUGUACUGGGUGGGAUCUUUUCUCAUGCGUGCCAUAGUCUACAUUCUUGGGAACGCUGUCGGUAAAUAUGGGUUUCGUGUGGGCCCUCUCUCUCUGCUCCACGGGCUGUACGUCUCUGUCGCAGUCUGGACUUGUUUCCGCAUCUUCAGCCAGCCGUCCAGCCAAGAGCCUCUAAACUCUGAGACUCAAAGAAAAAGUUUGUCCCAGAGACCAAUGGACCUGUUAUUUGUGAUCUACCUCAUUCUUGCCUUUGCUUUCUGUGUUUUUAGAGGCCUGAUCGUCUUGGACUGCUCUGGUCAGUGGUGCCAGGACUACGCACUCCAGUUUGAACCGUACCUCAAAGACCCCACGGCGUAUCCAAAAGUGCAGAUGCUGGUGAGCAUGUUGUACUCUGGUCCGUACUAUGUUCUGGCUAUUUAUGCCCUGGUCGUCCCUGGCUGUGGGUGGAUGCCUGAUCUGACUCUGGUUCAUUCUGGAGCAUUGGCACAGGCCCAGUUUUCGCACAUUGGCGCAUCUCUCCACACUCGUACCCCCUUCUCUUUUCGAGUUCCUGUGAGCAGCCAGCCUCUGUUCCUUCUGGUAAAUGUGAUCUACGCUCUGGUGCCUCAGCUCCUCUGCUACCGCUGCGCCACCAGGCCUGGGUUUUUCCUGUCAACAAGAACCACAUCUGACAAAAAGACUGACACUGUUAAAAUUGUACCAUAUCUAAAAACUGUGAUGAGCCAAAGAUAAGCUAAGCAACAAGCCCUGGAUAAAGACUUAUGCUAUCAACAUAAAAGGCUAAAUAAUAAAACAUUGUACAAAUGAGUGUCCUUAGCUACAUCUUUUCUCAAUCAAGCCAUUGUUUGUAAACUAAAAGCUGAUAAAAGUUUAUGUUUG